CAGAGCAAAAGCCAGAGCUGUGAGACCCAAACCUCCCAAACCCCACCAUGAUGAAUUCUUGCGCCAGCACUCUCUCCCUCCUGGACGAUUUGCUCUCCUCUAUGGCCGCCCUCUGCUUUACGCCCCACCGCCUCCAUGGCCCCACCAUCAACGGCAGCGUCAAGACGAUCUGGAACCGUAGUGGCGAAGACUCAGUCCCUCCAACUCCCGAUCAUGGAGACGGCGGCAAGAGGACUGCAACCAAUUACGCACCACCAGCCCCCCGGAUGAUGAAGAGGCGGCAGUUUACAGCCCUUUCCUGUGGCGGCGAAGAGGGCGUGGCGCGAAAGCUUCGGUUUGAGCAAGAUCAGGGACAGAGAGAUUGAAAGCUAAAAACACCAAGGGUAGAGUUCUUCUUGAAACGAUCAAGGUGUGAAUGUGAGGUGGUAUGCUUGUAAUCUCAAGACUGAUUUGAUUCAUCAAUAAAAGUUCUUCUGUCUGGCUCUCACCG